AAACUCAAAAGCUAUUUCUCACCUCAGUUCGUCUUGCUCCUGCGUUAGUCCCAUUAAAGGAGCUUUCCACCAACGGUAAACGAUCAACUUCCGGGAAUGGAUCCCGCCAAAACGUAUCCAUCCACUAUCUGCCACGUGGUGGCGAUGCCCUAUCCCGGUCGCGGCCACAUCAACGCCAUGAUGAACCUCUGCAAGCUCCUAGCUUUGAAAAGGCCCCAAAACAUUCUCGUCACUUUCGUAGUCACGGAAGAGUGGCUUGGCUUCAUCGGCUCAGACCGUAAGCCGGCUAACUUCCGCUUCGCCACCGUACCCAACGUCAUACCUUCCGAGCUGGGUCGCGCCAAAGACUUUCCCGGCUUCGUGGAAGCCGUAUACACGAAGAUGGAAGCACCGUUUGAGGAGCUCCUUGACCGGCUUGAGCCGCCAGUGACAGCCAUCGUGGCUGACACUUAUUUGAUUUCGGCUACCAGAGUAGGGAACCGGAGGAAUAUUCCGGUGGCAUCGCUGUGGCCCAUGUCGGCGACGGUAUUCUCUGUGUUGCACCAUUUUGAGCUCCUCGUGCAGCACGGCCAUUCCCCGAUUGAAGUGUCAGAACACGGAGAUGAGCUUGUGGAUUACAUUCCGGGAGUAUCUGCUACACGCAUUAUAGAUCUUCCCCCGGUUAUUACUCCAAAACUCUUGCACCGAUGCCUGGAAGGUGUAUCAUUGGUGUCCAAAGCGCAAUAUCUUCUUUUCACUUCUGUAUCUACGCUUGAAUAUGAAGCCAUUGACACUUUAAAAGCAAAAUUUCCUUUUCCAGUGUACCCUAUUGGCCCAACCAUACCUUACUUUGAACUUCAAAAGAAUUCUUCUUUAACAGAUGGCCACAUUCAUGGUGUCAAUUAUUUCCGGUGGCUAGAUUGUCAACCUAUAGACUCUGUCUUAUACGUCUCAUUAGGAAGUUUUCUCUCGAUUUCAAGUGCCCAGAUGGAUGAAAUUGUAGGUGGGCUACAGGAUAGUGGUGUGAGGUACCUAUGGGUGUCACGCGGGGAAACUGGUCGGGUUGAAGAUACUUGUGGUGGUGAUAUGGGCUUGGUGGUGCCUUGGUGUGACCAAUUGAAGGUGUUGUGCCAUCCCUCAGUAGGAGGGUUUUUGACACAUUGUGGUUGGAAUUCUACACUGGAGGCUACUUUUGCUGGUGUUCCUAUGCUUACUUUCCCUAUAUUUUGGGAUCAAAUCCCAAAUAGUAAACAAAUUGUAGAGGAUUGGAAGGUUGGAUGGAGGGUUAAGAAAGAUGUGGGAUUUGAAAAUUUAGUGACAAGGGGAGAAAUUUCAGAGCUUGUGAAAAGGUUAAUGGAUCAAAAAAGCAAUGAGGGGAAUGAAAUGAGGAAAAGAGCAAAACAACUACAAGAGGCCUGCCAAGGUGCAAUUACUGAGGGAGGGUCAUCUGAAGCAAAUCUGGAUGCUUUUAUUAGGGAUGUUUCAAAAGGCCACGUUGGUCAUUAAGCAAAUUGUGAUGUGUUAUUUUUCAUUGAUGAAUUAAUUUGUAGCCUAUGACUGAUAAUUCCAAUAUGUUCGUGUGAGUUUCGGACAUAUCACUUCUUUUAUGUUUUUACCUUAAAAGUUUCUCAAGGUUCUACUGUACAGUAGUUUCUUCAAAGCUUGAAAUGCGUGGAGAAGA